UAAUAAUAGAAAUAACUAGUAGUUCGCCUUUAACAAGCUGUUUUGUUACCUUUUAUUUUGAAAUAACUUCAAAAUAUAGAAAUCAUUAUCUCUUAGGACAAAUGAUGCCUGUGCUUUUGAUUAAUAUCAUAUCUAACAUAAUAUUUUUCUACUUAAGAAAUGCUUAUAAACCGGCUGUCAAUUUUAGUUCUGAGAUACAAAGAGAGCGCUACUAGACUAGUAUAAACGAAGUUUUGAAAGGGACAUUUUCUUGUAUGGAGGUAACGUUCUUAUGGAAGGUAGAGGCAAGGAAUAGAAUCUCCAUAGGCAGAACUGUUGCAAAAGUGUCCAGCUGUGAGCUAUAAAUAAUAGUUCUAAAUCUCUCCAGCGCUAGAGUAGCUAAUAACCUAGGCGUUAUUGACGGUAUGAAGUGCGCUGUCUAUGAUUAGAUUUUUUUCUCCUAGUGAGUAUUGUAUUCCUUGGUCUACAGCGUCUACAGGGUUUAAUAAACUUCAUCUGGCAGCACUGGCCGUAGUGUCAAUGCGUGGUCAAUGCCAAUACUUGACAGUUGAGUAGACAUUGACAAUCAGCUGAUCCUUUUUCCUUGACCCAAGUUUCGCGUUUGAUGUAGCAUAUUCUCGAAAUCGCUGUCCUUUUUUUAUUUGUGCAACUUAUAUGUAUUCAUCCUUUUUUAUCGACAUCGGACUAGGAAUAUUACAUUAUGAAAUCAUGAUCGCCACGUCUAUCGCCUAUCAGUUUCAGACGUUCAGUUUGAUAGCUCACGUAAAGAGUUAUCAGGACGGCUGCGAUAAGUUAACAUAAUCCUGACGGUGUUUUUAUUGAAAUCCCAGCCGUGACAAAUGUACUGAAAAAGUUUAUAUUUCUGUGAUCGAAAAUCUUUACAUAAUUGCAAACUUACAAAACACAUGAUGAUGCAAUAAAAGUUUGACUACAGAAAUCAAGUUCAAAGUGCUAAACAAUUGGCGUUGAAUCGAAUUCUACAGCGAAGCAAUCUCGUGCGUCACUCGCUUAUAAAGCUAGGUUAAUUGAGAGGAACAUGAUUGGAUUGUGUGGAAAAUAUUGUAAUGUAUUGUAAAUGUGUGAAGUGAUUUAAAUGGUGGCACAUGCUGGACAGUUAGGACCCGCGAGCGAUCCUGUUGGAAAGGCCUACAAUGACUGAUAUCAGUGCCGUCAGGUAUCUUCUCACUAAGUAGCUAUUCUCCACACCCUUCCGUUGCUUGCUGUGCCCCGCACGGUCUCACUGUUCUGACACACUAGCACUCUUCAUUAAGACUCACUUGUUGAACGAGGACCGAGAGCGCAUACCGUGCCUGAGCUCAGACAGCGACCGCACGAUGUGGGGAGCACAGCGUCGCGUCCUCCUGGACGUGCUGCUAGCCUGCUGGGGCGUGGGCACGUGGCUGGGCGUCAACGGGCUCUUCGUCCAGCUGCCGCUGCUCGUGGAGCGCCUACCCGAGGGCUGGGCUCUACCCUCCUCCAUGGUCUUAGCUAUCCAACUCGCCAACUUGGGAUUAGUGGCUUACGCGCUGUUACGCCGUUUCCGACCGCGAGCUUCCGACUCUCCCUACAUAUACGGAUUGCUAGUUGUAGGAACCCUCGCACUUGCACUCAAUGCCUUCCUCUACGAGCAGACAGUCGCUAACCGCUCCCUCGCAUUCCUCUUCCUAACCUUCUUCGCGGCGCUCGUAGGAUGUACGAGCUCUGUUUUAUUCUAUCCGUACUUGAGGCACUUCCGCGAAGUGUAUCUCGCGACGUAUUUAGUCGGAGAAGGGUUGAGCGGAUUCAUCCCGGCUGUCUUAGCUUUGAUUCAGGGUAUCGGCGGCGAGCCCACGUGCAUACUCAACGAUGAAGGCACAGGGAUGGUACCGAUCUAUCCGCCGCCACGAUUCGACACGACUGUGUUCCUACUGCUGCUGUCAGGCUUGUCAGCGAUGAGUUUGACCAGCUUCGUGAUAUUAGAUCGAUACAGUGGGUUCGCAUCGGAGCGUGUGGAACCUGCUGCCGCUGCGAAGGACGAUGAAGCGACAUCGGAGCCGGUAGUGCUUCAUCGCGGGCGUUGGCUUUCCGUGUUGGUUCUCAUGGGAGUUCUCAACGCGCUUUCAAAUGGAAUUCUUCCGUCCGUGCAGUCGUACUCGUGUAUGCCGUACGGGAACCUGGCGUACCACCUGGCGGUGACGUUGGGCUCGAUAUCAAACCCGGCGGUAUGUUUGGCGGGCGUGUGGCUGGCGCCGAUGCCGGGCCGCGUGCUGGCGGCGCUGCUCUCGGCCGCGGCGGUGCCGCUCGCCUACAUCCUGGCCACGGCGCUGCUGAGCCCCACGCCGCCGCUCCACCACCACGCCGGCGGAGCUGUUUUAGUGAUCUUGUCGUGGACGGUGGUGAGCGCGGCGGUGUCGUACGCGCGCAUGUGGGUGUACGGCUGGGCGCGGCGAGGCGGCGCGCGCGGCAUGCGCGCCACGGGCGUGGCCACGCAGGCGGGCUCGUCGGCCGGCUCGGUGCUGCUCUACUUCGUCGUCAACUAUACCAGCGUCUUCACGCAGCCGCCCGCCUGCCCGCCGCUCAGCUAGUACCUCCACUAUAAAGUUGAUGGCCACCAACUUAAAACGUGUUUGGGGUUGAUGGUGCUUGCUUUGUAGUUCGGUAAAAAGCACACGACGCUCGGUAUCAGUUACAGUUAGUGAAUUAUGUCCGUUAGAACCGCACGUUGAUGGCCACAACUUACAUGUGUGUUUUGGUUG